AUGGGGCCCUGUCGAAUUGUUCUUCAGAUACUGGCCAUUCUUUCGAUGUCAGGCGGAAUCGAAGUGCAACAUAUGCACACAAAGCUUGGGGACAUUGUUGGUGUUGUCGAACAAGUUCGGAAUGAGAAAGUAUACCAGUUCCGGAACAUUCCAUACGCCAAACCACCCGUCGGAAGUCGGAGGUUCACCAAACCGGAAUUGAGCGGUCCUUGGGCUGGUACCCUAAAUGCCACACAGUUUGGGCCAUCUUGUAUCCAACCGAUGUCACCACCCCCUUAUCAUAAAUACUUGCCAAAUUUAAACCAAUCAGAGGACUGCCUAAUUUUGAAUAUAUAUGUACCACGUGAUAUAUCUCCGAGUACCAGGAAGUCGGUGAUGGUAUGGAUACAUGGAGGUGCUUAUAUCGUUGGCCAAGGUAUGCUUUAUGACGCGUCAUACCUGGCCUUAACGGGUGAUGUUGUUGUGGUAACUAUCAAUUAUCGGUUGGGGCUGUUUGGAUUCCUCAGCACACCUCAUACGAAUGAGCUAAAAGGGAACUACGGUCUCUGGGACCAACGCCUGGCACUGCAAUGGGUGAAGGAAAAUAUAGACAACUAUGGUGGGGACCCAAAUUCUGUAACCAUAUUUGGGGAGUCUGCUGGAGGAUUUAGUGUUUCUUUACAAGCGAUAAUACCCCAAAACCAGGGACUUUUCCAGCGAGUCAUUGCACAGAGCGGAAGUGCCUUUUCAGCUCUUUCCUACAUUGAUAGUAGUAAUAUGCAUACGACUGCAAAGCUUGUGGGCAUUCAUGUUGGAUGUGCAAACACUUCCGGUAUCCCAACUACAUACGCUGGAUGCAUGCGUAGAAAAUCUGCAGACGAUUUAGUUGCGGCACAAGAGGCAGUAACUGCAUCUAAUCUCCCACCUUUCACUAUUGAUGGCGUUUUUGGACCGAUAAUUGACUAUGAUAUUCUUCAGUCGUUCCCCAAAACCUUAUUAACAAACAAGUCAUCGGAAACAUUUCAAUUCUUCCAAAAUCUCGACUUUAUGACUGGAAAUGUAAAUGCAGAAGGCUCAGUUUUCCUGAGUUUAUUAAAACAGAUAUCGAAAUAUGAUAAAUUCGACCUGAAUAUCGGAAUCCCUACCGAAGUAUUUUGUAACUUAAUCGUACCAACUUUUGUGAAUACCUUCUUCAGCUCUCAAGUUAACAGCACUUUGCCAAGUGACUUAAUAUGCUCCCUUUAUGGAACUUCUUCGGAAGGCCAAGAAGGUGAUAACGCCAUUGACGUCUUCUCAGAUGCGUUUUUCAUUACACCUACGAUAAAAUCCCUCAUAGCACAUUCCGAAGGCAAUCUCCGAAAAUCAACGUACCAAUAUAUAUUUAAACGCCCGGUGCCAGAUCCAGACUUUAAAGUACACCUGUCUUGGUGGCGAAACGACUCUUCAGCUCAUGCUUCCGAGCUAUCAUUCUUGUUCGGUCUUGAAGAUUUCCAAACCAAAUUUAACAUGAGCGUGAGUCCCGCUGAUAUCAGACUCUCGAAAAUCAUGCUGAAGUAUUGGACAAACUUCGCCAAAACUGGAAAUCCGAACUCUAAUGACGUUCCGAUGUGGAGUGCCUAUAAUGCAGCACAACAGGGUUAUGUUGAUCUAAAUACGACUAUCACCUCAGGUCAACACCUGUAUGGAGAAUGGAUCAGUCUAUGCAUCAUGGUGGGUCGGUUAGCACUAUUUCUACUUGUCAUUAUUUCCACGACACGCGGGAUAGAGGUGCAACAUAUACUCACUAAACUCGGGGACAUUGUAGGUGUUGUCGAACAAGUUCGUAAUGAGAAAGUAUAUCAGUUCCGGAACAUACUAUACGCUAAACCACCGAUUGGAGCUCUGAGAUUCAGAAAACCGGAAUCAAAUGGUCCUUGGUCUGGUACCUUAAAUGCGACCAAAUUUGGACCAUCGUGUAUGCAACCUAUACAAACUUCAUUUCAGAAUUUUUUGCCAAAUUUAAAUAAAUCUGAGGAUUGUUUAAUUUUGAAUAUUUACGUUCCGCGCGAUAUUUCCUUCAACAAUAACAAAUCUGUAAUGGUAUGGAUUCAUGGAGGAAGUUAUGUAACAGGGCAAGGUAUGUUUUAUGACGGGUCAUACAUGGCCUUGACCGGUGACGUUGUCGUGGUAACAAUCAACUAUCGACUGGGGCUGUUUGGAUUCCUCAGCACACCUUACGCGGGUGGAUUACAUGGGAACUAUGGCCUCUGGGAUCAACGUUUGGCACUUCAAUGGGUGAAGGACAAUAUAGACGAUUAUGGUGGAAAUCCAAAUUCUGUUACCAUAUUUGGAGAGUCUGCCGGGGGCUUUAGUGUUUCAUCACAAGCAAUAAUGCCACGUAAUGAAGGUCUGUUUCAGCGGGUCAUUGCACAGAGCGGAAGUGUUUUCUCAAAGUUGUCAUACGUUGGCAUGAUUAAUAUGCAUAUGACUGCAAAGCGCUUGGGUACAUAUGUUGGAUGUGCAAAUGCUUCCGGUAUUCCCGUAACUUAUACAAGAUGCAUGCGUGGGAAAUCUGCAGAUGAUUUACUAGCGGCACAGAAUAUAUUGACUAUGCCUACUCUGCCAUCUCUCACAUAUGAUGGCGCUUUUGGACCAGUCAUUGACUAUGACUUUCUUCACUCGUCACCAGAACAGAUCCUGGUAAACAGGACGUCUUCAAGCUUUCAGUUUUUCCAAAACCUCGAUUUUAUGACCGGAAAUGUUAAUGCAGAAGGUUCUAUUUAUCUAAAUAUAUUAACACUUUUAUCAAAAUAUGAACAGUUUGAUUUCAAUGUUGGCAUCCCUACCAAUGUGUUCUGUAACUACAUCGUCCCGGUUUUUGUAAAUUUUUAUUUUGGCUCUCAAGUUAACAGCACUACACCGAGCUAUCUGGUAUGUUCAUUUUAUACGUCCUCGUUGGAAAGCCCAGGUUACAAUGCCAUUGACGCCUUUUCAGAUGCAUUUUUCACAACGCCAGCAAUAAAAGCACUCAUGGCACACGCGGAAGGCAAUACCCGAACAUCAACGUAUCAGUACAUAUUCAAACGUCCAUCGCCUAUCCCUCCAGUUAAAGAACACCCGCCAUGGUGGCGAAACAACUCUUCAGCUCAUGCUUCCGAUCUCUUCUUCUUGUUCGGUCUUGAAGAUUUUCAAACCAAAUUUAACAUAAGCGUGAGUUCCGCUGAUGUAAGCCUCUCAAAAAUAAUGCAGAAGUAUUGGACCAACUUCGCCAAAACUGGGAAUCCGAACUCUGAUGAUGUCCCGAUGUGGAGUGGUUAUGACGCAGUACACCAGAGUUAUAUCGAUCUUGAUGCUACGAUCACCUUAGGUCAACAUCUGUAUGAAGAUUCGACCAGUCUAUGGCUAAAGAGACUGCCAAAGUUAAUCAAUACCCAAGAGCCUGGAUGUGGUCUGAUCAACAAGUCUGGGAGUAACGAUAACGGAAAAAGACAAAACACAGUGCCAGGAAGUACCUUGUACAAAAACUCAAUGACAAAGGAUAACCCCCAAAUCAGAUUAUUCAGGCCUUUCACUAAAGCUAAUAGCACAUCUAGUGCAAGCGUCAUCGUCAGACCUCCAAAUCCUGAAUCAACUGUGUCUGCAAAUCCCACCGGUACCCUUACUUCAGUAUUUGCAGGUCCUAUUCACGGUGGUUCAUUCACAAUAAACAUUAACAACACAAACGUCUAUAAACGUCCCAGACCAAGGGUGCUGUACUCUGAUUCUGACAGUGAUUGA